AUGUCGUGGCAAGCAUACAUCGAUACUAGCUUGGUUGGUACCGGCAACAUCGAUAAGGCCGUUAUCCUCAGUGCCGCCGGUGACUCCGUCUGGGCCGUCACUCCUGGUUACGAGGUCAAACCAGAGGAAGUAAAGGCCGUUGUUGCCAGCUUACCAAGACACGGCAACGACUCUCCAUUUUUCCAGGGUGGAAUCUACAUCGGGGGUGAAAAGCACAUCAACGUAGCUCACGACGAGGAGCAUGUAUACGCACGGCAAGGAAAGGCGGGCAUCGUUAUCAUCAAAACAAACCAAGCUCUGAUUAUCGCCCACCACCCAGAGACUGUCGACCGGUUUAAGGCAGUUGAUACGACCAAAGCCCUUGCAGACUAUCUCAAGGGUGUCGGUUAUUAA